CAAAAUAUGGGGAGGAGGGGGUUACAAAUAUGUUAUUGGAUUUUCGUUGGGGGGCAGCCUGCCCAUCAGCCCACGUAAAUAGGAGUUUCAUUGAUCCGCGUCGCUUCUCCUCUCUCGGCUUCACUCUGGCCCCUCGGCUGGCCGAUGAGGCUGACUGGAAAUCAUCGUCUCCUUCAGCUGAUGAUCGGAGCCGCCGUCUCCAGCUUUGCCUCCACACCGCACACCGCGCACACAGAAGAAUGAAUUUGUCAUUUCUCGCUGCUCUCACAGCCGCACUUUUGGCUGCGAACAGCGGCUGCUGUUAUUCCAGCAGCGUCCCUUCAUUUAUCCUGCCGUUCACCGACUGCGUCCAGAGCCGUGGGAAAGACGGUUUCUACCGGGGAGCGAUAGACGUCACCGAGUCCGGCGCACGGUGCAUGAACUGGACCGAAGUGGCCGGCUUCAAGGAGCGCUACCCGGAUAAGGGGAUAGGGGAGCACAACCACUGUCGCAACCCGGACGGAAGGAUCCGACCCUGGUGCUUUUUUAGGAACCACAAAGGCAGAGUGGACUGGGGGUACUGCGACUGUAAACAAGGCUCUGUGCGUCUCCACGGAGGUCGCUCCAAGCUAGAUGGCAGGGUGGAGGUCUAUCUGGGAGGAGUGUGGGGGUCGGUCUGUAGCGACGACUGGGGGGACGAAGAUGCUGCAGUGGUUUGCCGACAGCUGGGCAAGGGGAUCUCAGGUCGUGCACGUGCAGUUCCCCUGUUUCGUCCGGGCAUGGCCAAGCUCCAUUGGAGGGCGGUCCAUUGCAAAGGAGAUGAGCUAGACCUGCUGCAGUGUCCCAAGACUAUCUGGAACGGAGGGGAGUGUUCUCUGGCUGCAGCCAUCACCUGCACCCAGCAGCAAGCAGUAGUGACGCUCCCUAUACGGCUGGUGGGAGGUCGAUCGGGGUCAGAGGGCACAGUCGAGGUCUUCCACGCAGGGCAGUGGGGUUCCAUAUGUGACGACCAAUGGGACGACAAUGAUGCGGAGGUUGUGUGUCGACAACUGGGGCUGAGCGGUGUGGCGAAGGCAUGGGGCCAGGCACAUUUUGGCAAGGGCUCAAGCCGUGUGUGGCUUGACGAGGUGCGCUGCACGGGCAAUGAGCUCACUCUGGAGCAGUGUCCAAAAAGUGCCUGGGGGGAACACAACUGUCUGCACUCUGAGGAUGCAGGCGUGUCCUGCAACCCUCUUACAGAUGGCACUCUUAGGUUGGUAGGAGGUGCAGGCAGCCAUGAGGGACGUCUAGAAGUCUUCUACCGUGGUCAGUGGGGGACAGUGUGUGACGACGGCUGGACACUCACUAACACACACGUGGUGUGCCGACAGCUCGGUUACAGAUCUGGGGAGACUCUCCUUUCUGAAGGACUAGAUAUCACCUCGGUCCCACGCUUCGGUUUGGGGUCGGGUCCCAUUGUUUUGGAUGAUGUGAGCUGCACAGGGAAAGAGCCUGGCCUGUUGCUGUGCAAGAGGAGGGAGUGGCUCCGUCAUGACUGCACACACCAUGAAGAUGUUAACAUCGCAUGCAGCCCCGAGCGCAGUGGAGAAAGUCUUCCUCUCAGUGUGCCGGUGAAGCUCGUGGGAGGUGAGAGCCCCAGGGAAGGCCGAGUGGAGCUCUAUCUGAAUGGACAAUGGGGCACGGUGUGUGACGACGGAUGGACUGAUCGUGAUGCUGAGGUGGUGUGCCGGCAGCUGGGAUACAGUGGCGAGGCGAAGGCCCGUGUGAUGGCGUACUUCGGCGAGGGGACCGGGCCCAUCCACGUGGACAAUGUGAAGUGCAGCGGCGAGGAGCGUUCGUUGGCGGACUGCAUCAAACAGCCACCGGGCACGCACAACUGUCGCCAUAGCGAGGACGCCGGCGUCAUCUGUGACUACGGUGAAACGCAGGCCAGCUACAAAGAGGUCAAAGGUCAUUUAGACCCGGUCAACUCAAUCUGCGGUCUGCGGCUCAAACACACUCGCCAGCGCCGGAUCAUAGGAGGAGAAAACUCUCUGAGGGGUGGCUGGCCAUGGCAGGCUGCGAUUCGCUUGCGAGGAACUCGAGGAGACGGGAGGUUGGUGUGUGGGGCGACUCUCAUCGACACCUGCUGGGUCCUCACCUCGGCACACUGCUUCAAGAGGUAUGGAAACAGCACCAAGCACUAUAAAGUCAGAGUGGGAGACUACCACUCCCUCGUCCCCGAGGAGUACGAAGAAGAGUACGCCGUUGAUCAGCUUGUCCUCCACCCUCUUUACCACUCCCAAGGCAACGAUUACGAUCUUGCCUUGGUUCGUCUGUCACCGGGGGCAGUGGGCCAGGCGCCAGGAGAGUGCGUGUCAUUCAGCCGUCAUGUCCUUCCCGCCUGUCUGCCCGUGAAGAAAGAGCGAGUGCUCAAACAAGCCAGAAACUGUCACAUUACAGGCUGGGGUGACACAGGCCACUCAUACUCCAAGACUCUACAGCAGGCGUCCCUCUCCUUACUUCCCCGUCGUCACUGCCAGCACUAUUUCGACAGUGCCUUCACAAGCCGCAUGCUGUGUGCUGGCAGCAUCCACCCGGAGAGGCGUGUGGACAGUUGCCGCGGUGACAGCGGAGGUCCGUUGGUGUGUGAACGUCCGGGAGGGGGUUGGGUGGUUUACGGGGUCACAUCCUGGGGCCAUGCCUGCCGGACACAACAGUCUCCCGGUGUCUACACCAAAGUCUCUGCCUUCAGCUCCUGGAUACGCAAGGUGAUUGGACGUGAUGACAGGAAAAAGAAAAGGCGAUGAAAGGCGAAUGAUGGACUCAAACACUUGACCGCUCGAAUGACUGUCAAAGACUUACUUGAUUGAUCAGGUGACAACCGAGACAACAAUGUAUUUCAUCCAUGAAUAACUGAUGUCAUGACGCUGUGACCUGAUUACCCAGUGAUGUAAGUUAUAACCUGACUUUCACGUGAAGAGUGCAAGCAACGCUGGACUUUUUAUCCCUCAAACAUUUUAUAUAUUUUUUGCAAAGUGGAAGGCAUGUCUUUUCUAUCUAAGCACUUAUUUUAUUUUGAUGUAAUAUUCACACGAGCUGCGAGAUUUUAGAUGGCAUUAAAUCCCAGCUCAAGAAAACUUAGAUAUCUUUUUUGUUGUCUCUCGUGACAUUUCAUAUUUCAUUUUUUUUCGCCUUUGAAAUAAUGUUUUCUGUGUUUGCUUUUGUUAUAUUGUAAUUUAUGAUAUGAAUUGAUUAAACAUGUUGAAAAGGGACCACAGUGUAAAAAACAAACAGUGUACAUGCAUGCAGUCAUGCAUACAUUAGUAGUAAGUAAAGGCAUGAUAUGAAUUUUGAAGACUUGCACCAACAACCCCCCCUUUAGGUACUUAAUGCAUGAUAUUCAGUGCUUUUGUGUUAAGCAUUCUAGUCAUAUUGACAUUUGCCAAAGUGAAAUAUGUCUUUCAACUUAAUUUCAUUCAUGUUUAAGUAGUGUUCCUCCAUUGUGCUCUCUGUACAAGAAGCAGAUUUCAGGUCUUAGUAAUUACUCAGGCAUUCAUAAUUUAUAUCCAAUCAGUAUUUGUCCUCGUCUCUUGACAUUUGCAGAGAAAGGAAGAGUUUCUGAAUUAAAAGCACAGGACAUGAUUAAUACUGUUAAUCCAUGUUAUUUUGUUCCGGUGGGAAUGUUUAGUGUUCUGACAACACUGAAGGGAGAUAAUGUGGUACACUUGAACACAAAACACUACACUGCCUUCCUAUUUGGUGUUUACUGACUAUGUGUUAUGAUUUAAUGUACUGUUACAUGUAUUCAUAAAGGUUGAUUUUGUAAAAAAAAAAAAAAAAAAAAAAGUCUUUGUUGUGUGUUUAAUCGAGACACUUAAUAAUCUGUUUAUGUAAAAAAAAAACAUUCUGAUGUUACUGUACGUACUUUUUCUGCACUUUAUUUUACUGUCAUUCCCACACACCUGAGAAGUGACAGCAGUCGGAGACGACAGACCUUCUUUCAGGUUUGUUUCUGACUGCAAACUGUCAAAGUGAGCACCACUGUGUCAGACAAUGUGUAAGCACACAAAGCCACAACACAAUGGAACGCAGGAAUGGCAGCCAUUUUCUCGAGUUGUCCUCAUUUACAAGGCAAACAGCGUCAUGUUGACUCAACACACAUUUGAGAACCCGGGACCAACUGUUAAGACUUAGAGGGCUGCAUGAAAUCUUGGUAACAUAAAUAAAAAAAAAAGUAUUCUCA